GCCUUCGCAGCCCAGGCCGCGCCGUGUGGCGGCGGCGGCAGCAGCGGCUCGGACUCGGAGGAGCCAGGGCGGGGCGCCCAGGGCAAGCGCGCCGCGUGCAGCAGGCGCCCGCGCGCGCACGCGCCUCCGCGCGCUCGUCGGCGCCUCCUCUGGCCUGCUGGCCGCCGCGUUGCUGGUGGGCGCCGGCGGCGCCGGCGAGCGCCUCGGAGAGCCGGCGCCCCACCGGACCAGGACGACGAGCGCGAGGCCCACGGGGCGGCGGCGUCGGGCCUCGAGGGCGGCGGCGAGGGCCAGACCCAGAGGGACGUGCCGCUGGAGGACGGGUCGUGGCUGCACGAGAUCAUCGUCAAAGCGUGGAUCCACCCGAAUGACACCGGCCCCGACUGCAGCUGGGCGAACGACGGUCCAGUUAUCUACACCAAUGACCACGACGACCAUCUGAUCACGGAUUCGUGGGGCGAGUGCUGCAGCGCGUGCCAGGCUUCCACCACGUGCGACCUCUGGACCUGGUUCGCGGAAAACGCCGCGGCGGGGUUGCCCAAGACUUGCAACUUGAAGCACCUCGUAUUCAACGAGACGACAGGGAAGUCUCAGUGCCCCAGGGUCCUGAAGACGCAGGGCGCCUACUCCGGCAUCCCAGCGAACUUCAAAGAGAAAGGGCAAGGCGACAGCAACAAGGAGAUGGCUCAACGAUGCUUUAAAGGCAAGAAAGGCAACACCACGACGACCGCGACGACCACCACCGCCGCCGUCAUCGUCGUCCCCGCCAUUGGAAGGGCGGCGCCCGCGCCAGCGCCGCCGGAUCCAUGGGCGUGGAUUCCGUACGGGGGGCGCUUGUGGGCGGCGAUUAUUGGUGCGGCUCUGUUGUCGCUGUGCGUCUUCCUGGCCAUCAUCUGCUGGAUGCGCGAGGAGGACCCGGAGCCGGAGCCGCACCACGUCCACGUUGCCGAGGAGAAGUCCCCGCCGCCGCCGCCGCCGGCGGUCCCGCACUUCUACGCCAAGGGCUACGUGGACGGAAUGGUCAACUACGUGCAAAACGCUCCCCCCAUGGCCACAGUCGAGAUAACUGGUAUCGACAGCAACGGCGACGGGAUCCCAGACGUCUUGCACCAGCAAAGACUGGCGGGCGCCAACCUCCACAUCGAGCCCGCCGUGCACCUGCCCGGGGUGCCCCCGCCGCCGUACCUGGGGAGUUCGCUGGGUACUACGAUGCUGUCCCCGGGCUACAACGCCCACAUGGGAACCACGGUGCUGCAGCCCGGCGGCGCGGUGGGCACCACGAUGCUGCAGUCCGGCGCCCCUGCGGUCUCGGCGUUCCAGCCCGCGGGCCAGGUGUCCACCACCGUGCUGCAGCCUGGCGCGGCCACGCCCAUGCUGCCGGCGCCUGCCAUGCCUCCAACGCUCAGGCACUUACGCGAACCCAGGCUCCCCCAGCACGGCCGCGCCGUACAGUCCAGGCAGCUUCUCGCCGUACGCCGGCGGCUCGCCGCAGUCGAGGUCGAUAUGACGUUGGCCGCUGGCGCUGCGCCCCCUUCGGGCCGCACAUCGGGGGAGGACGCACGAGAGGAGGGAGAGGGAGUCGUUGAAUCCCGAUCGCAGUAG